AGUGCUUUCUUACUACAGCAAACUGUAGGACUUAAAGAAUGUUUAAGCAGAGAGACGUAGAGGCAGACAUACUGUAUUGUUGUUCGUUCCUUUAAAAGAGGUAAGGGUAAGGCAGAAAAGUGAAGUCUACUGAGAGUUCGCAUGCUUUAAGGGCAAACAUGACGACUGGAGCACAACCAGAGAAUGCAGGAGGAGUGAACGCUGGAACAAAAAAAGACUGCUGUCCCUUAGGGGACAAAAAAUUUCCUAAUGAUGAGAUGAAGAAGAUCUGGAAGGAGUGCAAGGAGGAGAGUUUUUGGUACAGAGCUUUUCCGCUCUCUCUUGGAAGCAUGGCACUUACUGGUGGUCUAAUUUACAAUGGUGUUUGGAAACAGUCAAAGCGAUUUGGUCCGUUCCCUAAACUAGCAGUGGCAGGUAUUGUUGGUUAUGCAGUGGGAAAAGCUUCAUACAUGCCCACAUGUAGAGAAAAGUUCCGAAAACUGGGACCAGAGUUCGACAUAGGCUGUGGCCCAAACUGGGGUCCAUGGUUUGGGCCUCCUUUUUCACGAUGUUGCAGUCAUAGAAAAUGCAAUCAUGUAUGCCAGGAGUGUAAGAAACUCGAAGAAGCUGGAGCAGGAUCUGUCAAAUCUACUCAAAGCUGAGGGAAUUAAGUGUAAAGAAAAGUAUUCUCAGCUAAAUCAUUCAUUCUUUACAUAUAUCAUAAAUGAUUCAUGCAAAAUAAAGUGUAGUCUCAUCAGUUGUUAUCCUAUUUUAUAAUAAAGCUCACAAACUUU